UAAAGUUGCCUUUGCACCCUCCCCUUAGAGGCUCCUGACAACUUGGCUGGUUUCUUCUUUCAGCCGGCUCUUUCUGCUCCGCGCUCUAAGGAGACACACGGCUCUCCAAACGCAGCGCUGUCUGUUUGCUCAGCGAGAACCGGCGGAAAGAUAAAAAGCUGCUGGAGAUUCAAAGAGGAUUAUAGUUCUGGGGCUGCAUCAACAGGAGAGGCUUCGUAACAAACAGGUGAGCCAUGACAUCACUGCUGUUACUGUGUUUCUGUCUUCGGGUAAUCUCAGCAAAAUGGAUCACAACAGACUAUUUGUAUACAGAACCUGAAAGGACUCUGAGUGUUAGUAUCCCCAUUAGUUCUUCUAUCCAAACAUUAAUGGGAGAUACAUUGGUUCUGCCCUGCUAUUUCACGGAUGACACAGUGCUGGACCCAGGUGCUCCCACCAUAGCCCCUUUGUCCCAUCGUAUCAAAUGGAGCAUUAUCACUCAAGAGAAGACCACAGACAUUUUGGUGGCCACUGAGGGUAUAGUGUCAGUGAAUAAGAAUUUCAUAGACAGGGUUCAAAUGGUGGGUUACCCCAUAAGCACUACUGAUGCCACCAUUAAAAUCACACAGCUUCUUUCAAAUGAAUCUGGAGAGUAUCGCUGUGAAGUCAUCCAUGGAAUUGUAGACAGCUUCGAUUCUGUUAAUGUCCAGGUGCAAGGCAUUGUUUUCCAUUACCGUGCCAUUACUUCACGCUACACUCUGACAUUUGAGAAGGCACAAGCAGCUUGUAUUCAGAAUAGUGCUGUGAUUGCCACACCAAUGCAGCUACAGGCAGCGUAUGAUUCAGGGUACCACCAGUGUGAUGCAGGCUGGCUUUCGGACCAGACUGUAAGGUAUCCUAUCCAUGACCCCCGAGAGGCCUGCUAUGGUGACAAAUAUGAAUUACCAGGAGUAAGAACAUAUGGAGUAAGGGAUGUAAACGAGACCUAUGAUGUGUAUUGCUUUGCUGAGAAGAUGUCAGGGAGGGUGUUCUAUACAAGAUGCCCUACAAAGUUCACCUUUGCUGAAGCUCAGGCUGCAUGUACUAAGCUGGGUGCUAAAUUAGCCACAACUGGCCAGCUCUACCUGGCCUGGAAAGCUGGUAUGGAUGAAUGUAAUGCAGGUUGGCUAGCAGACGGUAGUGUCCGCUAUCCUAUCAACUUUGCCCGUCCCCAGUGUGGAGGAGGUCUGCUGGGAGUGCGCACUGUGUACCGCUUCAUUAAUCAGACAGGCUACCCUCUACCAGAAUCAAGAUAUGAUGCUAUCUGUUACACAGAUGAGGAAGAGGAGGGCUCAGCCAUCCCCAACAUCUUCCCAGAUAUACAGACUACAUCAAAUGAGGUAGUAAGUGUGAAUUUGGUGACAGUUGAUCCACCAGUGUUUAUCACACAGACUUCCACUGAGAAUGAACUAAUUGGGGAGAUUGAAACCCACAAACCCCCCACCACAACUUCUGACUUCCUGUAUGUGGAGCAGAAUGUCACACAGCUGCCUCUGUCUUCACCACCCAGUGUCACUGACGACUUUGUAAACGUGGUGACUGUACAGCCUGACCUUGGGGAGAUUCCUGAUGAAAAUGCAACUGCACCUGUUAUAUCCCUGACUGGUGUUGUCUUCCACUUCAGACUAGGUCACAGACGCUAUGCUUUUACCUUUAGUGAGGCUCAGCUAGCCUGUCAGGACAUUGGUGCAGUGAUUGCUAGUCCUCAGCAGUUACAGGCUGCCUAUGAAGCUGGUUAUCACCAUUGUGAUGCAGGCUGGCUGACUGACCAGACUGUGAGGUAUCCUAUCACAUCUGCACGAGAGAAAUGUGCUGGUGAUUUGGAAUAUUUGCCGGGUGUGAGGUCUUAUGGUGUACGACCUGAUAAUGAGCUCUAUGAUGCAUACUGCUACAUGGACAAACCAAGAGGGAAUGUCUUUCAUGUGAGUUCAUUUGAGGGUUUCACAUAUGAUGAAGCAACGGCUUAUUGCCAGGCCCAGAAUGCCUCCUUGGCCUCCACAGCUGAUCUGUAUGUGGCCUGGAAGCAAGGCUUUGAUAAGUGUCGUCCUGGCUGGCUCAUUGACCGCAGUGUCCGCUAUCCAAUUAAUAACCCCAGGCCUCAGUGUGGAGGAGGGAAACCUGGAGUCCAUACAGUUUUUAAGUUUCCCAACCAGACUGAAUAUCCUGAUGUGCACUCCAAAUUUGAUGCUUACUGCUUGGAUGUUGAUUUCCAAUUAUAUUUUAAUGAGACUGGAUCGAACCUGACACUAAUUGAAGAGGAAAUGGUGAACCUGUCCUCAAGAAAUGACCUUUCUAUACCUGUGAACCCCACCAUUAUGCCUCCGAUUCCUGUGGACCUCUCUGGUUCUGGUUCAGCGGACCUGCCAUCUGGGUCCAAGAAUUAUUCUGGUGAUGUAUCAGUUAGUGGAAGUGGGGAACAGCCUAGUGGGUCUUCAGGUUUAGGAGAAAUUUCAGGAUCGGGACUGCCUAGUGGGUCUUCAGGUUUAGCCAGAGAACUUUCAGGAUCUGGUGUGCCAAGUUGGUCUUCAGGUUUAGGAGGAGAACUUUCCGGAUCUGGACUGCAAAGUGGGUCUUCAGGUUUAGCAGCAGAACUUUCAGGAUCUGGUGUGCCAACUUGGUCUUCAGGUUUAGGAGGAGAACCUUCAGGAUCUGGACUGCCAAGUGGGUCUUCAGGUUUAGCAGCAGAACUUUCAGGAUCUGGUGUGCCAAGCUGGUCUUCAGGUUUAGGAGGAGAACUUUCCGGAUCUGGACUGCCAAGUGGGUCUUCAGGUUUAGCCGGAGAACUUUCAGGUUCUGAUGUACCAAUUUGGUCUUCAGGUUUAGGAGGAGAACUUUCAGGAUCUGGACUGCCAAGUGGUUCUUCAGGUUUAGCAGCAGAACUUUCAGGUUCUGGUGUGCCAAGUUGGACUUCGGGUUUUAAAGGAGAACUUUCAGGAUCUGGACUGCAAAGUUGGUCAUCAGGUGUAGAAGAUGUCUUUUCAGGAUCUGGGCCAAGUGGAGACAUGUCUGGCUCAGGCCUUAGUGGUGAUGGCUUAAGCAUAAGUGUGACAUUCUCAGGAACUGGCACAAUAUUCUCUGGGGAUGCCUCAUCUUCAUGGACACCUCAGGAAGCAGGGGAGGGAAGUGCAGAGAUUCUCACUUUCACUCCAGGUCUGGGUUCUGGCUUCUUCAGUGGCGAUGGGUCUGGAUCAGAAAGUGGCUCUUGUUUUGGUUUAAUAGAGAGUGGGUCUACAUCUGAAUUUUUCAACAUCUUGGAAGACAGAGAAAGUGGGGAACCUUCUGGCAUAUCUUCAGGCCUUGGUUCUAGCAGUGAGAUCUCUGGAUUCAGUGGUUUUCCAUCAGGCUUGACUUCCUCUGGGGAUGACAGUGGUGUCUCUGGGCUUAGUGGCAGUGGAAUAGUCUUGGGGAAAGGCCAGUGGGUCGAAAUGUCUACUGUUCCAACCCUCACAGCUCAGGAGCUGGGUGGAAGUCAAAUGCAUUUCAGUGGAUCUGGAGACCAGCAAGGGUCUGGUUUAAGUGGCUCUGGUGUGAGUGGAAGUGGUGACUUCAGCAGCACUGGAAGUGGUUCAGUAUUUCCUGCCAUCACCUUUUUUGAAUCACACGAUUCUGAUCUCACAGGCCUAUCUAUAACAGAACAAGAGGCUUCUGGAAUUUUAAUGUAUGGAUCAGGGGACGGGAGUGGUGACUUUUCUGGACUCUCUGGUGUUCCAUCUGGAGACACAUCAGAGGCAUCAACCAGUAGGAAUAUUAUAUCACUUGCUGAUGAGAGCUUAGUGGAAGUUUCUUUCAGAUCCAAUCAAAACCAGGAGCUUAGAAAAGGACCAAUAGAGCACAAUGGGAGGGAGAAUGGAACAAUUCUGAGCAGUGGGGACCAACUUUCUAAUAAUUCAAGUGAAGAUCACCAUGUCACAUCAUCUGCUAGUGAAGACCCAAUUUUUUCAAUUGAUGAGCCAACAAUUCUAGUUCCGUCAGGACUGUUUAGUAAGAGCGAAUGGCUAAAGGAAUUGUUGUCAAAUCCUGCUGAUUCAGUGACUCCAGCACCUGUAUCUGGCACCACUACCAAUCCUACCUUUUUGAUUCAGACCCCGGCUGUCAUAGAGAUCCCAGCCAUGGUGAAUGCUGCUGUGGACCCAUGUAACCCAAACCCCUGUGGUGCUGCUGCAUGUUCUGUGCAGGACGGGGUUGGUGUGUGUCACUGCCCACCUGGGGUGAAAGUGGAAGAUUGCCAUGUUGAGGUUGAUGUGUGCCAUUCAAACCCUUGUGCCAAUGGAGCUACGUGUGUCGAAGUACAGGAUGCUUUCAAAUGCUUAUGCCUGCCCAGCUAUGGAGGGGAUCGCUGUGAGAUCGACAUAGAAACAUGUGAGGAGGGCUGGACUAAGUUUCAGGGUAACUGUUACCUGCACUUCUCUGAGAGAGCAGUGUGGGAGGAGGCCGAACAACACUGUCGAGGCCUUGGAGCUCAUCUGGUCAGCAUCACCAGCCAAGAGGAACAAGUAUUUGUUAACUCCCAUGCACAGGAUUACCAGUGGAUUGGACUCAAUGAUAAGACCUUUCAGAAUGACUUCCAGUGGACAGAUGGAACCCCAAUGCAAUAUGAGAACUGGAGGCCUAAUCAGCCGGAUAACUAUUUCAUGUCUGGCGAGGAUUGUGUGGUGAUGAUCUGGCACGAAUCUGGGCAGUGGAAUGACGUGCCUUGCAACUAUCAUCUACCAUUCACAUGCAAAACUGGACCUGUCACAUGUGGCCAGCCUCCUGAACUGCAGAAUGCCAGAUGGUUUGGGACUAAGAAAGAACGCUAUCAGGUCAACUCAAUAAUCAGAUAUCAGUGCAAUGAUGGCUUCAGACAGCGCCAUCUACCAGUGGUUCGCUGCAUGGCAGAUGGACACUGGCAAAAGCCACAGGUGGAAUGCAUACCCCAAAUCAAAAAAAGACUACUGAAGAGAUCUAUUAGGCGUCGAUCUGCCAAGAAAACAUUGUUGAGGAAGCACCUCAAAUGACUUGAGAAGAAAUAGUUAAGAGAUUUUUUAAAAAUCAUUUAAAUCUUAUUUUUCAUGGCCUUGAAUUGAGAAUGCAUUAUGUAUUAAAAAGUGUCAUUUUUAAGAUACCAUUUCCAAACUGUAUAUAGUGUCAAUCCCAACAAGUUGUAAUGCUUCGAUUAGAAAGGGAAGUAAUCUAUUUUGUGAUUCUUUUCAUCCACCUCAGCCACUUUAUUUAUGAAAGUAGUAUUUAUUCCCAUACUUAGUGUAAUUGGAUCUCUGAACUUGCACCUUCUGAAUCAGCGUGUCUCAAAGUAUCAGCUGAAUUUUAAAGAAGCUUCCAGAGGAGGAUCAUUCAACCAGACAGUCUGGAAUUUUGUGGCAAAAGGGAACAGCUAAGAACGGUGUGCAAUCUUUCUUCAAAGAGGGACAAUGAAAUAGGUUCCUGGGGUUUAUUUUUUGCUUUGGACACAGUUGUGCAGUUGCAGGUUACAAAGAAAUUAUAGCAUUUACUGUACACAAAAUAGUACAUAAAAGAUUAUUGAAGCAUUAUUUUCAUGUGUAGUCUAUAAGAAUGGAUAGUGAGUUAAAAAAUGUAUAGCCAUAAAUAAGAAGAGGUUUACAUUCAACUAAUUUAUUUCAAACAAUUUAUCAACAAAGGUGUCAUUUUUGAUAUUUCUGAUGACAGUAAUGUGAAAUUAAGUGUAUUUAUCAAUUUCGCACAAUAAUAUGCCUGGCAAUUUGACGUUGUUUGCCCAUCUCCUUAGGCCUGAAUGACACAGUAAAAAAUGCCAAAAGCAGUGCUUGAUGGCCAGAUCCUGUCAAACUGUCAUUUUGGACAUGAACAUUGAUCAUUUGUGCCAUAUAUAUAUAUAUAUAAAACCAAGUUUUUGUCUGAUUGUAAGCUGUGCAGGGCACAGUUCUUUGAGACCAGCAACACACUCUAUAAAUCGCUAUUAUUCCCAGUUCUCAUAAGACCUCAGUGAUGUUCUCAUUUUCCUCUAAUGCUUUUCAACUACUAUCAGUUAUGCCAUGUGCCUUAUGAAUGCCUUUCUUAUGAAAUAUCCAGUUCUUGGGUUUGUUUAAUAUCAUUUAGGGGCUGUGCCCCUCUCUUCCCUAAGCACUGGGUAAACCCUUACAAACUCUAACCCUGUUCUCAUUUUGAAGGUUGUACUGAUAAGUGCAACACACACAGUAGUUCUCCAGGAAACAAAUGCAAACUUUGAUAUCAGAGUCAGAUUCUUCUAUUAAAAAAAGAAGAUAAAGAACGGAGACUAAGCCAUGCUGAAGAAGAGAAAUGUACACUGAGAGAUGGAGGUUGCCAUCAGAUUUGACUGUUAUGUUUUCAGAUAUUCACAGAUGAUAUUACACAGCCUGUUUUGCUUGUAUAAAUGUAUUUUUAAAAAUCAAUCUGAAGAGAUGAGAAAUUCCAAAUAAAACAUUCCACAGAU